AUGCCGGAUUUGAUUGAGACACGGGACCAAGAGGAGCUGCAUUUGCUUACAGAGUCCUAUGAAGGGCCGUCGGCGCGCAGCAUGGUGAGGGACAAGCAAGUGCUGCCGAGUUGCAGGAAGGUGGCGUACUAUGUCGUGGCGCUCGGCAUGUUGAUCCUGGUGGUAGUGUGCCUUCGGGUGUGGGCGUUUCCCGCAGACUUGCGAGCGCAGAUGCAAUCGCCACCCGAGCAGAAGUAUGCAAUUCCUCCAGUCCCCAACAAAGUGAACGAUCACAAUGGCGUCGAGUGGCCUCCGAUGUUCGUGCAUGGAAGCGAGCCGAUGCACUUCUUCAUCAUAGGCGACUGGGGCGGCCUUGAUGGAUACAUCGACCCUCCGGUUGGCGGGAAGAUGGUGAUGUACGAUGGCGGCAAUUUGCCUGGGCCGCAUGUCUUUGCCCACCGACCCUCCGGCUGCACCGAUGGUCAGAUGUCGCUCUGCUUCAACAGCCAUGGUGCACCCGGCACCUGCAUUCCCAGUUGUGGCUACAACGAAUCGGUCGACCGCCAGCCCCAGUACUUAGUGGCCAAUCAGAUGAAGCGGCACGCGGCAAAGACCCCUCCGAAGUUCAUUCUCAAUGUUGGGGACAACUUCUACUGGGGUGGCAUCCCCAUCCAAUGCGGAGCCCAGCCAAUGGCAGGAGUGCACUGGACCACAGCCCAUAUGUUUGACACCAUCUUUAGGCAGGUCUACAACAGCCCCGAGCUCAACAACGUCGUGUGGUUCUCGGUGCUGGGGAACCAUGACUACGGCGGCUGGCUCUUUACGGCAGGCUGGGAUCAGCAGAUUGCCUUCACUUGGCAUGACCAGAGGUGGAGGCUGCCAGCACAGUACUGGAAGCAGCACGUUGCAUUUCCAGAACAGGGUUUCACGAUAGACAUCUUGCUGACGGAUUCAAACGUCGAGGAUGCAGUGGACCCGGCAGACAGACCCACGACGAACAUCUGCGGUUGUCAACACAACUCGCCUGGGUCCAGCUGUGCAAGCGUCGGUGGGCCGGUCUCCAUGGCAGAUUGUCCAAUGUACUUCGCCAAGCUGUGGCAGGAGCAGAUCGUUUGGGUCGAGAAACAGCUGAAGGCCUCGCAAGCCACAUGGCAAGUGAUAGUUACCCACUUCCCGUGUGGACAUCAGCCUGCGUGGUACAACAGAUUGCAUGUUGAAUUCGGUUUGGACUUCUUGGUCACAGGGCACACACACAUUCAACAUACGAUUCAGCUCGGAGGCUUGCUCUGCGUCAUCUCAGGGGGCGGCGGGGGCAUCUUGUCAGAGUCCGCGUCUCAUGGUGAUGAUAGCAACAGUUACGGUUUCUACGAUGCCACCAUCAACAGGACUCACCUGGUGGUGGAGUCCAUCAAUUUCGCAGGUCGCUCUCUGGGCGUCUGGACGACCACUCCUGCUGCCCCCGCGCUUCUCGAGGAAAACGGGGUUAACUUUGCUGGGUGCCUGGAGAAGUCGGAGCUCAGGGAGCUUUGGGACUGCUUCCUGGAGCUUUGCCAAAAACCUCUAGCGUCGCUCCAGGCUCAGGUGUCGCAGUUGGCGGGCCCCAGUGGGCCCAGGUUCCCUGAUGUCCCUUCUUGCGCCCGCUUCCUUGUGGCACAGAGGGCCUCCAGAAGAGAGCCUGAGCAGGCGAACGAGGCCGAAGCCCGUCCCCGCCCGGUCGCGACUCCUUUGCGAGUGGCCCAGGUUGGCUCGAGCCGGGAUCGAGAAGCUCAGGAGGAAGUGCUCCGCAUCCUACCACUGCGCCGCGAGGACUUCAGAUCACCGGCGGACUGGGGCUUCGCCGUGCUGGGGCUUGGGGCCCUUCAGGUCCCUCACAAUGCCGCAGCGGUUCAACGCAGCUACCGAAACUUGAUGCGAAAGCUCCAUCCCGACAAAGUUCUGGCGACGGAUGGCGUCGAAAGAAGCAUCCAGCUCAUCCGUGAAGCGAAGGACAUCUGCGAAAAAAGCUUUUCACGGAUUGAACCUCCCAUGGCACCACAGUCACUGAGGUACGAGGUCCUUGACAGCAAAGUCGGGCACCGGCGCUACCAGCUCCGUUGGCUGCCUCCUCCAGUGCAGGAUGCUGCGCCGGUCUGCAGGUAUUUGGUUUCUGCCCUGGACCCGGCAUAUGGGAAGCCGCUCACGAUCACGGUGCUAGAGCCGGACUACAGCGAGGAGCUGAGGAGGUUCGUGACAACGGAGGAGCUCACGAGUUUCGUCCUUGCAGCGAGGGCCUCGGUCUUCUGGUCGGUUGUUGCAUUGCCUGAGCCAAUUUUUGCUGCAGCCGUCCUGCCCCAAGUGCAAAUCGGAUGGGUGUCAAGAGACACAGCGCCCAGCCGCUUGGAACGCACGCUGUCAAGGGUGUCUGUUUUGCCUGAUAGCCAGCAUGUCGUGCAAGAGGCUAGUAGAGGCGAAGCGCUGAUGCAGUUCGACGGCAUUGGACAGAGCAAGGCAAGGAUGGAGAGCCGAACGUCUUUUCGACCUCCUUCGACACGAGACCUACCUAGUCUGCGCACGAUGUCUUCGGCAUCGGAUUCUUCAACAUCGACCACGGGAGGCCUCGUCGUCAUUCCGUCAGAGAAGCUUUGGAAGUGUUCGCCGACUUGUGGAGCACACUGCUGUGGCCGUGUGCCAGAGGCACUGCGAGAAGAGAACCUCGCAGCCCGGCAAAUGAUAGCUGACCUGGAAACAUGA